AUGGAUCCUGGAGAUAACUGGAUCCCGGAAGACGUGGCUCGAUGGUUGGAUCAUAUUGGAGUUCACCACAACUCCGCAAAUACACAGAGAGACAACGAAAUUGACCGUCUGCCAAACCAAUAUGAUGUGGAACAAAUGGCGGCUCCUGGGUACCACAGCCUGUGCAGUCCGCUUGGGGUGCUGGAUGACCUGGUCUACUGUUACCCAGAGCAAGUGCCAUAUGUCAGAAAUCAUGAGCUUCUCCCACUGACGGCCCAGUGCUUCACCAGACCUGACAGGGAAUCAGGUGAGGAGAUUUGUUUUGGUGUCUGUGCUGCACCACUCCCCCUGUACCCGCCGGAAAGUGAGAUGCGGGGUUCCGAGGAUGCGGUGUCCGGCACGGUGCUGCAGCGGCUGAUGCAGGAGCACCUGAGGUACGGGGGCCACCAGGGCGACAGCAUGAGCCUGCUGAGCAUGCAGCCACCCCAGCCAGCAGCUCCAUCACAGCCCCUGCACCAGCACCAGGGCACAGCGAGCGCCGGGCCCAGCGCCCUGUCCUCCACCGAGAACCUCCUGCAGGACGACCCCCAGGUGGUCCACCAGUCGACGCGGCAGGAGCCGCAGGGGCAGGAGCACCAGGUCGACAGCACCGCGAUGGAGAAGCAGGGGACGCGGGUCAGCCAGCAGCAGCAACAGCAGCAGCAGCAGCAGCAGCAGCAGAACAACGAGGAGCUGCCCACCUACGAAGAGGCUAAGGCCCAGUCACAGUUCUUCAGAGGCCACCAGCAGCAGCCAGUCACCAUCAGCAGCCAGUACUACAUAGCCGGAGGGGUCCCCAGCACUUCCACCUCCUCCACCACCGCCAUCAGCUCCACUUCCUCCUCCUCCUCGUCCUCCUCGUCCUCGGUGGCGCAGAAGGCGCGGACAGAGGGCAGGGCGACUGUGAACCGCUCGGGCAGCGGGCAGCCCCACAAGGACGAGGCACUGAAGGAGCUGAAGCAGGGCCACGUCAGGUCCCUCAGCGAGCGCAUCAUGCAGAUGUCGCUGGAGCGGAACGGGGCCAAGCAGCACCCUCCGGCGUCCGGCUGCAGCAGCCUGCCUUCCCAGGGAUCCUCCGCCAAAGCCCUGAAAUGCGCAGGGGCGCUGCCGCCCCCACCCCCGCCCCUACCUUCACCGCCCCAGGCUCAGGGGAAAGGAGGGGACCCUCGAGGGCCUCCACCUGAGUACCCCUUCAAGUCUAAGCAAACCCUCUCCCCCACCAGCAAGACCCCUCCGGCCUCCUCUCCCAUGGAGCAUGGACUCUUCUUCAGUGACCAGCACCCUGGACCAAUGACAGACCUGCCAAAGAGCUACCCCAUGCCUCAGCCCACAAAGACAGAGAUCACCUAUGUGAGAUACCCCCCACCGCCAGAGUACUACACCAGGCAGUUCCCGGUGUCCCUCGGGGGCCUGUCCGUGCAGCAGCACAGCCCCAUGUCUUCGCAGGCCUCGUCCCUGUCCGGAGCCCUGCCUCCCCAGCCGCUGCCACCGCCCCUGCCCCUCUCCCACCCCGCCGCUCACCAGCACCCGGGGGCAGCCUUCGCCAUCGUGGCCCGCGCCCAGCAGAUGGUGGAGAUCCUGUCGGAGGAGAACAAGGCGCUGAGGCAGGAGAUGCAGGGCUACUGCGAGAAGGCGUGCAAGAUACAGCGGUUCGAAGCGGAGAUCCAGAAGAUCUCGGAGGCGUACGAGAGCCUGGUGAAGAGCUCGUCCAAGAGGGAGUCCCUGGACAAGGCCAUGAAAAACAAGCUUGAGGGAGAGAUCCGACGCCUGCACGACUUCAACCGGGACCUGAGAGAUCGGCUGGAGACAGCCAACAGGCAGCUGGCCAGCCGGGACCUGGAAGGCCAUGAGGAGGGGCGGGCAACAGGGCUCUAUCUGUCACAGAGCAGGGAAAGCAUAAAAGAGAGAGAGAAGCUGGAGAUGGAGGUUGCAGCUUUGCGCUCAGCUAACGAGGACCAGAGGCGACACGUGGAGAUCCUGGAGCAGGCCCUCAACAACGCGCAGGGCAAGGUGGUCAAGCUGGAGGAGGAGCUGCGGAAGAAGCAGGUGUACGUGGACAAGGUGGAGAAGCUGCAGCAGGCCCUGUCUCAGCUGCAGGCCGCCUGUGAGAAGCGCGAGCAGCUGGAGAAGAGGCUGCGCACGCGGCUGGAGCGGGAGCUGGAGUCUCUGCGCUCGCAGCAGCGUCAAGGGGGAGGGGCCCAGAGCGCCCCACCCUCGGAGUACAACGCCCCUGCCCUGAUGGAGCUGCUGAGGGAGAAGGAGGAGCGCAUCCUGGCCCUGGAGGCCGACAUGACCAAGUGGGAGCAGAAGUACCUGGAAGAGAGCGCCAUGAGGCACUUUGCCAUGGAUGCGGCCGCCACCGCCGCAGCACAGAGGGACACCACUAUAAUAAACCAUUCCCGCAAUGGCAGUUACAGUGACAGCUCGCUGGAGGCGCGUAUCUGGCAGGAGGAGGAGGAGAUCCUGCAAGCCAACCGCCGCUGCCAGGACAUGGAACACAGGAUAAAGAACCUGCACGCUCAGAUUAUCGAGAAGGACGCCAUGAUCAAGGUGCUCCAGCAGCGCUCCAGGAAGGAGCCGGGGAAGACGGACACCGUGCCGCUGCGCCCCGCCCGCUCGGUGCCUUCCAUCUCCGUGGCGACGGGCCUGCACCUGCGGCAGGCCUCCCAGACCAGCGGCCAGAUCCCAGAGGAGAGGAGGGAGGAGAGGGGCUGGAAGGGCAGCAUGAGUAUACUGCUGGGCAAGGAGCCCCUGGAGCACCUCCUGCCGUCCCUUCAGCUGCUCCCUGCACCUGCUUCGCUACCCUCCACCCCCCUGCUCUCCACCCACAUGAAGACGGGCAGCAAGGAUAGCAGCACCCAGACGGAAAAGAGCCCUGAGCUGCUGAGGGCCACGCCCAUCGCAGGCAGGGCCAGGCUGGGCAACACGCCCAGCAGCAGCCCAAUCAUGCGCCACACCCUGACCAGGGGUGGAGCUGAGAAGACAGAGAACACCCUGGGGAAGGCUGCAGAAGGAAGACCUCCUCUGGGCUCUGGCCACAGGCAUGAGCUCCCCGACUCGGACGUGGUGGAGAUACUCAUCUGAGCUGGCGCCAGAGCUGAGGCAGCGAGAUGUUUAUUGUCAGAUUCACAGAGGGUGUCAUAUGAGGGAGUCAAGCGAAGGCAGAGAGGGACAGCGGGAAAGGGAAAGGGAGGCUCAGGAAGUGGGCAUGUGAAUGGCCGACUGUCAGAAAACAUGGUAGGAUGGUGUUUUCCCCCAUACGGAGGAAGAAGGAUCAGAGAAACUCUGACAUUGGCAGAAAGAGACUCUUGAAAGUUGGAAGAAAGGCCUCAAAGCAAUGAAAAGAGAAGACAGAAUUACUGGUUGGAGAGAGGCUAAGCAGUGAUGAAUGACCAUGGAAUGUGUAGGGUGUUGAGGGCUGAAGGGAUACAUGAUUUGUUUGAGAAUUGUGAAAGUAGGCAGUUGUUUCUUUUGGUACUGUUACCACAGAGUCUUAAAAAUGUCCUGGGCACUGUCCAUGGAGCACUGCUUAUGAGCAGGGCAUUCUGGAGAUGUGUAGUGCCAUUAUGGUUCAAGCAGAUAAUGGCAGUGCAUUCAGCCACGCUCUGUUUGCUACCAGUUCUAUAAAGGAACAGCAGAAUGCAAGAUAUGUGUACCACAACUUCACCACAGCUCCAAUGGAUACUUCAAAUAGGAAUGGAGAGAAAGUUUUGUUUGGGCUAAGAAGUAAUACGAUUUUUCUCCUACAAGACAUGCAGUGACCCUGUAUGUAUUUUUUCAGCUGUCAAGUCUGUGGGAGGCUAGCAGCUCUCUUGUGUCUGGCUUGCAUUCCUGUAGGACUUCAACCUUGACUAAAAAGCUGUCACAGCCACUGGCACAGCCGUGAAAGCUGAUAUCACAAUUACGAGUGGGAGACAACAGUUGGACAGAGCGAGUCAUGUCAAACGUGAGGGGGUGAUGGGGGGGGGGGGUGAGAAUGUCCUUCUGUUCUCUCCUUCAUACAUAUUAAUAAUAAUAGUCUAUUCUAAAUGAAUUGGCACAAAUUAAAACCCAUAUUCCGAUGUUAUUAUCCCUGACUCCACUGUCUUUUCUGGAUAGACUAGCGUGCAUUUUAACUCCAGUUCUCUGUUAUGAAAGGUUUAAAAAAAAUCAACUAAGUCCACACCCCCCUCCCCUCCUGGCCAGGGAAAAAAUUCAUAUUGGCUUUUGCACUUACCUUGUUCUAUCCUGUUCAUAAAAUGUAGAUAUUUUUAUGUUAGUACUAUAUUUCCCCUUUGUGCACCUUACAGACUCAGAGCAAUAGGUUUAAAUUAAAAAUGAAAACCUAGAGAUAGUAGUGUGUAAAUCAAUCAAGUUAUUGAUUAUGGGAAAGGGCAAGUAAAAACAAACCCUCUAAAUGCCUUUGGGGAUCAUGUGAAAAGAGUAUUAGGCUAAGCUUGUGCUAAGAGUUGAGAGAAGCAAGAACUUGUGAACAUGCAAAGGAUUAUGAAUGACUCAGACUUUUUUUUUUUACUGAAAUAAAUAUUUUUGAUGUUUUACAAAUAUAUAUCAAAUUACAGAUGAACCCAGUUAAUGUCUGUUGAAGUUGACAUACCAACCCUCUUAAAACCUUUAAAACAUUUUCCAU